CACACUGUCUGAAAGUUCAAAACAAAGACGGCGUAUUUUCUUAAAUAUCACGUCGAUAAGAAAAAUUCUUGCUUAUUAAUUCUCACAAAAGCUGCGCAAUAGCACCAUGUCAACGGCCGAGGAAACAACUGCGGCUUCGGCGGAAUCCGUGGAGGAUGUGGAAUUUGUGGACAUGGCGUUCACCAAAGAGUUGCGUAAAGCCACAAAGGAUGUGCAUAAUCUCACAGAUGCGGUUGUAAAUGCAAAGUUUGCCUUUGCUCUUUCGGAUGACGAGGUGUGGUACGAUGGCCUGCUGGCCUUCUACGAGUUGUACAAGUUCUUCGAGACCCAUUUGCCGGAGCGCCUGCUGCCAAAGGAGUUCUACAGGACAGAGGCUUUCGAGCGCGAUUUCGCUUAUUUCUACGGUGCCAAGUGGAAGGAAACCUACGAGAUUCGUCCAGCAGUCCAAAAGUAUCUGGAACAUCUGGAGAAGGUGGCUGCCCAGAAUGAACUGCUUCUGUUCGCCUACGCCUACCAGAUGUACAUGGCCCUGAUGUCCGGCGGCCAGAUGCUUCAGAAGAAGCGCAUGAUUGCUAGGAAACUAUGGAUCUUCUCCAAAGGCGACGACCAGGAGCUGCAGAGGCAGGCCGAAAAGGAGGCUGAACUGGCCACUGCUAGGGCGGCAGACGCUGCCUUGGAUCAGGAGGAUUUACAGGCUAGACCGAUGCCCGCCCAGGUCACAAUCUGUCCCCGUGGCUGCGAGGCCACAUAUUUUCCCGAAAAGAUUCCUGUUCUCAAGGCCAAGCUUAGACGCGUUUUCAACGACCAUUAUGGAGCCUUUGAUGACGAAUUGCGUGCCGCCUUCAUUGAGGAAAGUCGCAAUGUAUUUCGCUUCAACAUCGAGGUCGUGCGCACCAUUAAGGGCGUUAAUCGAGCCAAUCUCAGGAAGCUGGCCUUGGCCGCUAUCUUUGUAACUAGUAUUGUUUUGGCCAUCAAAUUAGCCAUUAAGUAAGGCAAUCAGGGGGAAUGCACUGUUAGCUCCUCCCAGUAGGUUAGACUCGCAUAAUUAGUCUGUUAAAAUAGUAAAUAUUCCCCAUAUUGUGAUCUUAAA